CGUUUGGUAGCGGCGGCGCGUUUGCAGAGCGGAGAUGAAGGUGAUCGCGGCGUAUCUGCUCGCCGUCCUCGGAGGCAACACCCAACCCUCCGCCGACGACAUCAAAUGCAUCCUUGAAUCAGUGGGAGCGGAGGUGGAUGAUGGGAGGAUAGAUUUCCUCCUCUCGGAGGCAAAGGGGAAGGACGUCACGGAGCUCAUAGCCGCCGGAAGGGAGAAGUUCGCCUCCGUCCCUUCGGGUGGAGGGGUGGCCGCCGUCUCGGUCGCUGUCGCCGGUGGUGGCGGUGCGGGCGCCGGCCCGGCCGCGGAGGAGCCGCAAAAGGAAGAGAAGGUCGAGGAGAAGGAGGAAUCUGACGACGAUAUGGGCUUCAGCUUGUUCGAUUAGGGAGGGGGCGCUUUGCUUGUCCAUGUUUUGAUGUUUUUUUGUUUUCUGCUCUUCUCUUUUAUUCUUGUCAACAUCAGGAUUGAAAAACUUCCAAGAAAUUUUACUUCAAGAAAUAUAUUCGAUUUCAUGUUCGUAGUUCUUCA